AUAAAGAAGGAUCAAUAAAGCAAACAAGAAAUGAGGAAGAAAACAAAGAAAACGACGUCAAGAGAAAGGCAACGAAUGAAAAGAGCAAGGAACAGUACAGCGAAAGAGAAACAGAAAAAGCGAGAAAGGAGAAGACAAUAAAUUGUGAAAACCAAUACACAAAGAAAGAGCGAACGCAAAAAAAAGAAAAAGGAACAGGAAACAAGAAGGGACAAGAAACAGAAGAGAGAAACGAACAAGGACAAACGACAAGAAAGAAAGAUGAGAAAAAUGGCGAAAUAAGCAGUAAAGAGAAACAGAAAGGAGGAAGUAAGAUAAAAGAAAGAAGAGAAGAACAGAA